AUGACUCUGAAAAGAUUUUAUGAAUUCAAUACUUUAGAAUUACAUUUUAGUUAACCCAAUAAUCUUAAAGCAAAAGGUAAUAAUUUAAAAUAAUAUUUUAGUUGAUAUAUUCUCAAAUCAUUAAAUUAUCUUAGAUAGAGAAAAUUUUUCAAUUAACAUUUAUUAAUUAUAUAAUAAUUAGCAUUCUAUUAGGCUUAAAUUAAGUCAUGGAAAUCAAAAGUUCAAUAAUUGUUAUAAAAAAAAUAUUUUUGAGCUUUUCAGCUUAUGA